AUGACCCGUCAUGUGUGUGAGGACGGCCCAGUUUUGGAGGAACAGGAGACAGAGGGACAGAGACAGCUCCACAGUCUCCUCCUACAGCAGCUAGACACGGACGUCAACAUAGACAGGUGAGCCUCCCUACACACACACACACAGAAUUACAAUAGCAUUAACCACACAGUUCAAAUACAAUAGCCUACACUUCUACUAAAUUAUAAUAAUGAUAGAUUGGAUUUAUAGAGCUUUUCUACCAACUGAAAGCUGAAAGCGCUUUACAUAGUAAGGGGGAAACUCACCUCAUCACACUGUUUCUUUUGUUCUACAGCGUUACAAUAGCCACGCUAUUUCCAUAUUCUUAGUACACCCUAGGUCAGGACUGACAGUACACUUUUCACAUAGGAUUUACAGUAUGUUGCAUGUAAAAGCAAAUGGGGCAAUGUUUAUAUGACCCCCUUUCAAACCAUCCCAUUUUGACCACCUUUUUGCCGGUAUAAGCCUUUUAUACCUCCCGUGCACAUGCCGGCACCGGUGACGAGUGCACAGGAGUAGAGUUGUGAAGAUGUGGGUAGGCAUUUAUUUUAAUAAAUUCAUUGAAUAUAAACCAUCACAAAUCUAUUAUUAAUUUGUUGAGGCAGGCCCUUAGAAAACAUAAGACCAAUAAAAUGUAUUUUCAAAAGAAUAGCAUAUUUUGAGUUUAUGUUACUUGUCUGCGCAGCCUAUGAAAUGAAAUCAAGUUUGUUAUUUUGUUAAUUAAACAGACAAGACAAUCUUACAUUCCCCUGCCCUAAUCACAGUCAACAAACAUAUGUUUUAUAGAAAGAAUAUACAAUGGAAUUUAACAGAAUAAAAUAGAAAUCAUAUUUUUGCCACACAACUUCAGUGUCUCACGGGAACGUGUGGAACCGCUGUUGUAUAACAAAAAGUGAUAUUUUGAAACAGAGCCAAAGGUGACUGUAUGUGCUUUAAAAACCGUUGUAUCUUUCCGAUCAAGUAAACAAAUAAAACAUCUGAUCUGGAUGAACCUCUGCAAAGAUUUGAAAAAGUCACUUUUGUGAUCCACGUUUAAUAUUUCUUCCUAUACCCUCACUUCGCUUUGUUAGGGAGCAGGCAACGGGUGUUAAAUUGGGAGUAUCUUCAUCAUGAUAGCCUACCAAUAGAAAAUAAUAGAAAUCUAUAUUUUCAAAAGCAUGUGAGUCUUGUGUUCAUAUUUCACAACCUCAGCGGGCUUAUGGGAGUUGUAUGCAAUCAAGCAAAAAUAAUAGGCCUACACUUUAUUUAUGUUACAUUAUUGCAUGCUAACCCUGAAAUGAUCAAGGCAUGAGAACUAAAUUAUUAAGAAUUGCUACUCCCGAUAUUAAAUAUUAUUAUCUACUUAGAGACAGACUCAGACCUCUCAUUCAGACCACAUUCAGAGUGACGACAUAGACGUAGAGAUCUCUCAUGUGUUGUCUCAGAUGUGUUGCAAAGAGGAAGUGUUUUGCCCCUGCUGCGCUGUACAAGCCGUUUGGGGAGCAGGCUGCCGGGGUGAGGAGUCUACCCCAGUUCAAGGCUCUACAGGACGGGGAGACUGAGCUGGCCAGUCUCAGGGAGCUGGGGCUCACAGACCUGGAGGUAGAACUGUGGCUCAACAGAGACCAGCCAGAGAACACUGUGAAGGUGAAUGUUAUUUAUUUAUAUAAUUUAUGCACUUUACAACAAGGGACGAUACAGUUAUUAGACACCCACAUCCUACAUCCUGUUAGGGAAAGUAGGUAAUAAUAUCGAAGAGAAGGUGAUUGUUGCUUUCCAGACAGUGUGCAAAACUGGUUGAAAUGACGUCAGUACAACCAGAUUGUAAUAAUUUCAUUCUAAAUAGUUUUGCCGACUGGUAAUGCUGGAUAUAAUGACAAUAUGUUAUAUGUAUGGUGUGGUUGUGGUUUUCAAUUACACCUCCUGAGAAGGAAUACAGAGUUUGUAUGUAAACAAAAGAAGAAGAAACAAUGUUUGAAAAGUGAUAUUGACUGAUUGACCCACUGUGAGUGUUUUUUCAGACACAAAAAACUCCUGGUGGUGUAGCCUGAUAUAGAUACUGAUUGUUUGACCUACCAAUGGUCUCCAUCCAGGCAUCCAUCCAAACUGUAAGAGAUGAGGGAAGAACUUACCUCAACUCUAUUUACUUCAAUACUCACUGAGAAAAGGAUUCAAUUAUUAUUAUUCAACCUUUAUUUAUAGUGGUUAGUCUCAUUGAGAUAAAAUCUCAUUACUCCAAGCAACAUGGUCAAACAGGCAGUUAUGGUGGGUGCGUGCGCCCGUGUGUGUCUGGUUCAGGGCCUAGGUUGUGUGUUCUGCCCUACAGGGUCAUGGAGUGUGUGUGGCCCCCGGGGCGCGGCAGCAGCGUCUUCUGGUGAUCCAGGACAAGAUUGAUGCCAGGUCAGAGCUCAUUUCUCGCCCACAGCGCUUCUCAGCCAGCCUACCCCUGUCCCGCAGAGAGAUGGAGAUAGAGAAGGCCCUGUUCCAGGGCAACGACCGUCUGGGCUUCCUCAACGCACUCUAUCACCAAGGUGGGAUGAUGUUACGUUAGGGCUGGGCGUAAUGGCCUAAAAAUCAUAUCAUGGUAUUUUCAAAAGAUAUGACGGUAUUUUAUGUUUUUGAAUAAUAAAAGUUCAAAAUUUGCUUUAAUAGUAGUGCGUGACCCUAGGGUGGUAACACAUACAUUCUAAGUUCAUUAAUUUCUGCAUUUCCUGCACUGAUUUGAGAUCAUUUCCACACUGCCACAUAAGGCUGCACGAUAUGGGCAAACAUUCUAGGUCUUAUUUUUAACCAAAUGUUACAAUUGCGAUUUGACUUGCUAUUUAGAGCAAACCACUGGGGUGAACUGUUGGAAUCAUGGGAAUAGAAUGGUUAUUCUAAUUCUGUAGUUAGAAUAUAAAAGUGGGCACUUUGAAUAGAGUGUUGUUUGACAUGACAACUAAUGAAAAUGCCAGGGAGAUGUUAUUGUGACUGGGUAGGAACCAAAGAGUUGAUAAGUGUUUCCUAGAGGACCCCAUAAUCUUUGGCUACAUUUAAUGUUUUGUUUUAGCUUCUUUAUGUAGCUAACAUAUUCUUGCUUCGCAUAUUCCUCUUUGAUUUAGAAGAUACUGUUGCACAAACAACAUGCUGAUUUAGGUGUACACCAUCACUGGUAUUAUCAGGCUAUAUAGCUAAUUAUGUUCGCUCCGACUCAGUACAUUUAUUAGCUAUCGAUUAGCAUUAGAGGAUAACAAUUAGCGGCUAACCAGAUUUAGGCCCAACUUGCUAAGAACAGACAAACUAGCUAUUUGCAGACGUAAGAAACACAAACGAAUAGUGUAAUUAUAGAACGCUAGUGGAUUUAUAUUAAGAAACUAAGUGAAAACAGCAUUGUUGUCAUCAACAUUGUUACAUGUGCUGCUUGAGUGACAGGGCGGGGCUAUGUCACUAGGGCGGCAGGUAGCUUAGUGGGUAAGAGCGUUGUGCCAGUAACCGAAAGGUCGCUGGUUCUAAUCCCCGGGCCGACUAGGUGAAAAAUCUGUCGAUGUGCCCUUAAGCAAGGCACUUAACCCUAAAUGCUCCUAUAAGUCGCUCUGGAUAAGAGCGUCUGCUAAAUGACUAAAAUGUAAAUGUAUGUGGAAAGCUGCAUAGAGAGCGAGAGAGAUGACUCAUAGCGAAGUAAACUAUAAAAAUGGACGUUACAUACAGCGUAUUACAUUUAACAAAACAAACAUUCAAAUACCAUUAUAGAAAGUAAAGUAAAAACCCAAACCGGUCCGUGCAUCAUUACAGGUAUAUCGUAAAAUGCGGUAUACCGCCCAGCCCUAUGUUAAGUUAUGAUAAGUGUCAGGUCGUUCACACUGCAACAUCCAUAGACCAAGAAGUUAGAAAGCCUAAAGGAUUUCGAACAAUAAUAAUGAGUUUUGAAGGAGUUUGAACAAGUCAAUGUGUGUUGGAAGUGUUUCACAUUCCUUGCGUAGACAUGUUCAGAAAUAGAACACAAUAGGAAUUUGGGGCUGGUCUUGGUCUGUGCUUGGGGAACCGGUCCCUGGGGGUAACAGACUGGCUCCUGGGGAUUUGAGGGAAGGAAAGUUUAAACAUAAAAAAUAAAAAAAAUGAGUUGAGUAGAAUAUAAUUACAAUAUUGCCUUAUCUAAGAUGUUUUAUUUUGGAAGACCUCUGCAUCAGUGUUGUUUUGUGUAUAUGUUGUAUGUUUUCUGUUGUUGUUGUGGACUCGAGUCACAUGACUUGGACGAGUUUGACUUGAGUCACAAAUUUGAUGACUUGAUAGAAAAUAAAAUAACUUGAAACUUGACUUGGGCUUGGAGCCUCAAGACUCGGGACUCGACUUUGACUUGAGACUGAUGACUUGAAAUUAUCUGGCCGGGUUUUAUCACUCAUUUUCUGGCACAAAGUCUCCGUGGAUUACUCUCCACACAGCCAGAGACAGUAGCCGCAACAACUCCCUUGCAAAAAAACGUGCCACAGAUUGGCUAGUGAAACGCAGCAAACUGUCAAUCAACACAGGUCGGGUGAGCUAGCGAACAGAUUGCUGAUUUGCUGUACAGCUAUAGGAUUGGAUGCAGCGCAAAUGUCAAAUUGUAGGGAUAGAGGAUUGCCAUAAUAAAUAUGCAGCUCCCAGAAAAAUUGGGGUGAUCAAGAAUAUUAACUGUUUACAUUGCAAGCUCACUAGCAAUUUGGCAUCAAGCAACAAUUACUAGUAUAGUCUUAGGCCUACUGGUCUUUUGGUAUGUCAACAUUUCUUGAAAUGAUAAAUUACGUAUGAAGCUUGCAUUUGUAAUUAGUUAUUAAAAUGAAUUAUUAGCCUACUGUGGUGAAGACGCACCAUCUCCACUUGCGCUCUCCAAACUCCCGCCAUUGGAGAGUGCUUUGUUCUCUUGUUGAAAUGUUUGCUUUUGCUUUCACAAGUUUAAAUGCGUAUGUGGAAAAUCGAUAUUCCAUGUAAUCCCACAAUAAUUGCUACCGUUUCAUCAUUCCAUCCCCGUACCAUUUGCUGUUUCAUGUUUGCUACGAUACAUUUUCAUUGACCAUUUGGUACCCUCUGAGUGGGCGCAAUGUUUAUUAUGCACAUGAACGUUCGCAAGACUCAUGAUGUAGAAGUUCUGUUUAUUUAAUUCAAUGUAUGGUUUCCUUCAUCUUCAUAUUUCCUGGGUUAUGUCAGAGACCCGUGUGUCUGUGUCAUUCUGGUUUUGCGUAAUAGGAGUGUGCACGCCUCCGUGCGCAUAGAAAUAGGCUACGUGGGCUGCGUACCACGCUUUGGAGUCACUACGUUGAAUAAUAGAAAAUGAUUGUUCCAUAUAUGAAUGGUGAUGAAAUAUCAUUAGGCUAAUAAUCAUUAAGUCUGAUUUAAGAUGAAUGUACCAAUGUAACAAUGGAUGUGGGAAUUGCCUUUUACAUUGUAGAACCAGUUUAUUGGUUGUAAUUGCCAAUUGGGUAAUUAUAUGGUCCUGGGAGGGGCCAACUGCUUAUACGUACCUGUUUGAGCUCCUGUUAGUUUAAAUGAGGACUUGGUGAACUGUAUAUUCUUUAGGUUUUGUUUAACUUUGUGUUCGCUCCUGUGUGCUGAUAAGGUCACAGAUGACAAGACAGGAGAUUACGGUCGAGGUGGUUUAAUGACGCUGAAGAUGCAUAGUACAGGCACAGAACAGCACAGUGUAUGUAGUACAUGGGCUAGGGCACUUUUAAGGCUUUCAUUGACAGAUUGUGAUAACCAAGAGUGUGUGUGUGUGGUCUGCAAGUAAAGAGAGAAAUAAAUAGACAAUGGUGAAUGACAGAUAUAUACAUAAUACAAUCUCUAAUUCACUAUACCAUAAACAAUAUGCAUGUAAUAAUAACAUGGCUAUCAUAGCUUAAUGCUAUACAAGACAAUACAGCGCCAUACAAUGUGACUCCACUAAUUAGAGAUCAAGGGAGUGCCGCCACAUGUGUACUACAAAGCAUAGUGCCGCCAUCUUCAGUACAGGGCUACAAUGGCACAAUGAACUUGAAAACCUCUAAACAGUGAAAUACAAUGUAAUACCCACAUAAACGAUAUAGCAUACAUCUAUAUAUACUGAACAAAAAUAUAAACACAACAUGUAAAGUGUUGGUCCCAUGUUUCAUGAGCUGAAAUAAAAGAUCACAGAAAUGUUCCAUACGCACAAAAAGCUUAUUUCUCUCAAAUGUUGUGCACAAAUUUGUUUACAUCCCUGUUAGUGAACAUUUCUCCUUUGCCGAGAUAAUCCAUCCACCUUACAGGUGUGCCAUAUCAAGAAGCUGAUUAAACAACAUGAUCAUUACACAGGUGCACCUUGUGCCGGGGACAAUAAAAGGCCACUCUAAAAUGUGCAGUUUUGUCACAUAACACAGUGCCACAGAUGGCUGAAGUUUUGAGGGAGUGUGCAAUUGGCAUUAUGACUGCAGGAAUGUCCACCAAAGCUGUUUCCAGAGAAUUGAAUGUUCAUUUCUCUACCAUAAGCUUCCUCCAACUUCGUUUUAGAGAAGUUGACAGUACAUCCAACCGGCCUCACAACCGCAGACCACGUGUAACCACGCCAGCCCAGGACCUCCACAUCCGGCUUCUUCACCUGCGGGUUCGUCUGAGACCAGCCACCCGGACAGCUGAUGAAUCUGAGUUUACACAACCAAAUAAUUUCUGCAAAAACUGUCAGAAACCUUCUCAGGGAAGCUCAUCUGCGUGCUCCUCAUCCUCACCAGGGUCUUGAUCUGACUGCAGUUUGGCAUCGUAACCUACUUCAGUGGGCAAAUUCUUAUCUUCGAUGGUCACUAGCACGCUGAAGAAGUGUGCUCUCCACGGAUUAAUCCCUGUUUCAACUGUACCGAGCAGAUGGCAGACAGCGUAGCGUGUAUGAUGUCGUGUGGGCGAGCGGUUUGCUGAUGUCAACGUUGUGAAGAGAGUGCCACAUGGUGGCGGUGGGGUUAUGGAAUGGGAAAGGUAUAAGCUACGGACAACGAACACAGCUACAUUUUAUUGAUGGCAAUUUGAAUGCACAGAGGCCCAUUGUCGCAAGGAUCCUGGAAGCUGAAAAUGUCCCACUUCUUCCAUGGCCUGCAUACUCACCAGACAUGUCACCCAUUGAGCAUGUUUGGGAUACUUUGGGAUUGACGUGUACAACAGCGUGUUCCAGUUCCCGCCAAUAUCCAGCAACUUCACACAGCCAUUGAAGAGGAGUGGGACAACAUUCCACAGGCCACAAUCAACAGCCUGAUCAACUCUAUGCGAAGGAGAAGUCGCGCUGGUGGUCACACCAGAUACUGACUGCUUUUCUGAUCCAUGCCCCUACUUUUCUUUUUGAAGGUAUCUGUGACCAACAGAUGCAUAACUGUAUCCCCAGCCAUGUGAAAUCCAUAGAUUAGGGCCUGAUGAAUUUCUUUCAAUUUACUGAUUUCCUUAUAUGAACUGCAACUCAGUAAAAUCUUAGAAUUUGUUGCAUGUUACGUUUAUAAUUUUGUUCAGUUUAAUUACAGGGCUUGUAAACGAAGCACUAGGGGGACAUGAUCCUAUACAAAUACAAGGCUAAAUGUCCGAAAUGAUAUCACACUGAAAACGGAGCUAGCAAGCUCACAGUUGCUAGCUCACAGUAUAAACUACUAAUUAGCAUAACCAUAAAAUAUGAUAUUAUCGUCGCAAUAAUGACUUUAUAAAUAAAGAAUUCAAAUACUGAGCUAUAUUGUAUGCAAAACAUUUUGGGGCAAAUUAUAUUUUAUAAUAAUACAAUUGCUCAAAUAGAUUUUGUUUAACAAUUGACUGAUAAUCCUCAAUGAAUCAUGAAUAAUGAUGAGUUAGAAAGUUACUGAGGGUCAAAGAUAUAGUCCCGUGUAGCUCAGUUGGUAGAGCAUGGCGCUUGCAACGCCAGGGUUGUGGGUUCGUUUCCCACGGAGGGCCAGUAUGAAAAUGUAUGCACUCACUAACAGUAAGUCGCUCUGGAUAAGAGCGUCUGCUAAAUGACUAAAAUGUGUAAAUGUAAAGAUCAUACCCCCAAGACAUGCUAACCUCUCCUGUUGUUGGUAAUGGUGAGAGUUUUUAUGUAAUUUUUUAUUUUAUUUCACCUUUAUUUAACCAGGUAAGCCAGUUGAUAACAAGUUCUCAUUUACAACUGCGACCUGGCCAAGAUAAAGCAAAGCAGUGCGAUUAAAAACAACAACACAGAGUUACAUAUGGGGUAAAACAAAACAUAAAGUCAGGAGGUAAGGCAAUAAAUAGGCUAUAGUGCAAAAUAAUUACAAUUAGUAUUAACACUGGAAUGAUAGAUGUGCAAGAGAUUAUGUGCAAAUAGAGAUACUGGGGUGCAAAUGAGCAAAAUAAAUAACAAUAUAGGGAUGAGGUAGUUGGUUGGGCUAAUUUCAGAUGGGCUGUGUACAGGUGCAGUGAUCGGUAAGGUGCUCUGACAACUGAUGCUUAAAGUUAGUAUGUCUUGGGGGUAUGAUGUUUGACCCUCUAACUUUCUCACUCAUCAUUAUUCACGAUUCAUUCAGGAUUAUCUGUAAUCAUGGUAGCCUCCACAUUACUGUAGAAGUGUUUAGAGACAUUCUAUUCUUAUUUACAAUAAAAGUGACUCUAAAAUGACACAAUACUUUGUUUACCAUUGAUUUCUAUUGGGCACAAAAUAAUCUGAAACACAAGCAAAAUGAACUGCAAAAGCAUCCAAGUUUGUAGAGUUACAAGUUUGAUGUAGUCAUUGCGUGCUAGGAAUAUGGGAUCAAAUACUAAACUUUUGACUACUUUACCAAUAACUUUGACCCCUACUUUAAAAAUAAAAAAAAGAUUACUCGUUAAACAAAAUCUCUUUCUCUGAGCAAUUGUAUUAGUAUAGAACAAUAUAAUUUCCCCCUUUUUUUUGAGCAUACAAUAUAGCUCAAUAUUUAAAUGAUUUAUUUUAUACAGUCAUUAUUGCUCAUCUUUAUCAAGGGUGUCAAUUUUAGACCCCACUGUAUGUACUUAUACUGAACAAAAAUAUAAACUCAACAUGUAAAGUGUUAUCUGUGACCAACGGAUGCCUAUCUGUAUUUCUAGUCGUGAAAUCCAUAGAUUAGGGCCUAAUUGACUGAUUUCCUUAUAUGAACUGUAACUCAGUAAUAUCUUUGAAAUUAUUGCAUUUAUAUUUUUGUUCUGUGUACAUAUCAACAAGGACGCACACUGCCCUUGGUGGCUAACACAAAACACUAACUGGUGGGAAAACACAGAAUGGCUGGAACUCUGUGACGUGACUUCUCUUUAGCUUCUUCUUCCCUUAGCUGGAGAUCGCCCAGCAUGCUCUGCUCCUCCACCGGUGGGCGGAGCUACAGCUCUGAUAUGAUUAACUUCAAUCUAUUCUACCAGGACAACUGCUAUUUCUCCACAGCCUUUCGUACAGUUGGACAGAUUUGAUUUGGUUUCUCAAGGGGAGGCUGUGUAGUCUUGCCUUCUACCUGUGUCCGUUCCGAUAGGACAGGUUAAGCCUGUUACAGAGGCAAUUUCUUUUGAGCUUUUGCCCGUGUAUAUUUAGUCAAUGUACUUGUAUAUUUUUUGUGAUAUGGUGCUUUCACCAUUGGAUCAUCAAGACCUGUAAAUAAAUCUACACUCUGACCGCGUCAACCUGCCUUCUGCUGAUUUCACGCCCUUACGACUGCUAUAAGGUCCCUAUUUUACAUUAAAAUGUUUCUGUAGACAAAAUUAUGAAAAAAGGGCUGUCUGGUAGACAAUAAAUAGACAAAGAUUUGUAGUUGAACAAGUCAUUGCAUGUAUAGAUUUUUUUAACCCCUUGACUUGAGACUUGCCUUGAAAAAACGUGUGACUCAACUUGACUUGCUCUUAGAAUGCGCAACUUGGACUCGACUUGUCCCGUUCUACUUUGGACUCGACUUGAGACUUGGACCUUGAGACUUGCUUGUGACUCGAAUAAUAGUGACUUGGUCCCAUCUCUGGUUGUUGGUGACUGUCAUGUUUUGAAAAUAUAAAAUGAAAGAAAGGAAUUCAGCUGUCCAUCUUCCUGUUUGUCAUUGGCAAUAUUGAAAUCUGACAGCAAGCAAUUAUCCUGUAACUACCUAGUCAGUAAGUAAGUAAGUAAGUAGGGCGGCAGGUAGCCUAGCGCUUAAGAGUGCUUGGCCAGUAACCGAAAUCCCUGAGCCGACUAGGUGAAAAAUCUAUUGAUGUGCCCUUGAGCCCUUCUUUGGAUAAGAGUGUCUGCUAAAUGGGCAAUAUGUACAACAAAAAAAAAUGACAAAAAAAGUAGGCUACAAGCUGUCAUGGAGUAAUAACACUUAUGUGCUCAUGAUUUUGGUCUUUCCCUUAGAGGAAGAUACCCAAGCUGACCAGCAGGGGGCAUCCUCCUCAGACCCCCUGGAUUCCCUGUACAGAGAUGUCUUAAGUGAUGGGCGAAAACACAUGUCUGUAUCAGAGGACACUGAGCUGAAAACCACAGGACACUCAUCUCUACCUCAGCCUCAACCACAAACUGACUUUGACCUAUCACAGAGCUCAUGGAAAAUCACUGACCAAUCACAAGUCCAGCCUGACUGUAAAUCUGAUCCAUUGAGAGGUGGGAUCAAGGACUCUGACCAAUCGGCUACAAUGGACACUUCUGGUCAAUCACAAGAUCAGGACAGACCUGGACAGAAGCGAUUGUCAGCUCCAAAGAGGAUAAACAUGAGCCAGCCAAUUGGUAGCCUGUGUGGUGCGGCCAAGACGGGGCCUGGGUUUCCGGUGAUGGUCCGGGGCGAGGUAGAGGAGGUUCCAGAGGAAGAGAUUCAGCAGAACCGCGAAACAGAGGAAGGGAUCCGGAGCAUACCACGGUUCCACAACUACCAGCCAGGGGAACCAUCAAAGGUAGAACCUCCCUCAACAUAACAUCAAACUAAUGAUGUUUUAGUAACCAUGUUUCCCUGAGAGAUAAGAGUAUCACUCACUUGUUCUAAUGACAUUAACCAGACUCGGUUACGUGUCUUGAUAUAUAAACUACUCAUAUUACAGACUAAGAAUGAGUAUGGAAUGAGAAAAAUGAAUAAACUGUCUGAGUUCAGUCUCAGGGCUUUGAGAUCUGCCACACCCCCAUGCUGUUGUCUGGUCCCUGUGGUUGUCCGUAGGUACUGUGUGUGAAGAACCUGAGUGCUCAUGCCUCUGUGGCCCAGCUGGUUGCGCUAUUCUCCAGGUUCGAUUGUGACAUCACCCAGCCUGUACUCUACCGCCUACUCACUGGCAGACUGAAGGGACACGCCUUCAUCACACUAUCAGGUAACUCUAACACGUGUGCACACACACUUUAUCAGAUGACAGACUGAGUUUACUCUCACACAUAACAAGUUCUCCCUGGUAGGCUCACAUUACACGCAUGCAUACACUCCUUCUCUGUAUCUAAGGUGACUGACUAACUGAGCUCAUACACACACUCCCUCCCUCUAUAUCUCUAAGCAACACACCAAUUCAAAUGUGCUUUCCAUGUGUAUACAUAGCACAUAAGACGUGAUGUAAUAAUUGUGUAACAUGUAAUAUCAUAUAGUACAAUGCAUUCAGAAAGUAUUCAGACCCCUUGAAUUUUUCCACAUUUUGUUACGUUACAGCCUUACUCUAAAAUGGAUAAAAUAUGUUUUUCCCUCAUUAAUCUACCCAUAAUGACAAAGUGAAAACAGGUAAUAAUUUAUUGGGCACAUUUAUUACAAAUAAAAAACAGAUACCUUAUUUACUUAAGCUAUGAGACUCAAAAUUGAGCUCCGGUGCAUCCUGUUUCCAUUGAUCAUCCUUGAGAUGUUUCUACAACUUGAUUGGAGUUCAGCUGUGGUAAAUACAAUUGAUUGGACAUGAUUUGGCAAGGCAUACACCUGUCUAUAUAAGGUCCCACAGUUGACAGUGCAUGUCAGAGCAAAAACCAAGCUCCAAGUUAGGAUUGUGUCGAGGCACAGAUCUGGGGAAGGUUACCAAAAAAUGUCUGCAGCAUUGAAGUUCCCCAAGAACACAGUGGCCUCCAUCAUUUUUAAAUGGAAGAAGUUUGGAGCUUCCUAGAGCUGGCCGCCCGGCCAAACUGAGCAAUCGGGGGAGAAGGGCCUCGGUCAGGGAGGUGACCAAGAACCCAAUGUACACUCUGACAGAGCUCCAGAGUUCCUCUGUGAAGACAGGUGAACCUUCCAGAAGGACAACCAUCUCUGCAGCACUCCACCAAUCAGGCCUUUAUGGUAGAGUUGCCAGACGGAAGCCACUCCUCAGUAAAAGGCACAUGACAGCCCGCUUGGAGUUUGCCAAAAGGCACCUAAAGUCUCUCAGACCAUGAGAAACAAGAUUAUCUGGUCUGAUGAAACCAAGAUUGAAGUCUUUGUCCUGAAUGCCAAGCGUCACGUCUGGAGGAAACCUGGCACCAUUCCUACGUGAAGCAUAGUGGUGGCAGCAUCAUGCUGUGGGGAUGUUUUUCAGCGGCAGGAACUGGGAGACUAGUCAGUAUCAAGGCAAAGAUGAAUGGAGUAAAGUACCAAGAGAUCCAGCCAAGACAACGCAGGAGUGGCUUCGGGACAAGUCUCUGAAUGUCCUUGAGUGGCCCAGCCAGAGCCCGGACUUGAACCUGAUCAAACCUCUCUGGAGAGACCUGUAAAUAGCUGUGCAGAAACGGUCCCCAUCUAACCUGACAGAGCUUGAGAGGAUCUGCAGAGAAGAAUGGGAGAAACUCCCCAAACACAGCUGUGCCAAGCUUGUAGCGUCAUACCCAAGAAAAGUCGAUGCUGUAAUCCCUGCCAAAGGUGCUUCAACAAAGUACUGAGGAAAGGGUCAGAAUACUUAUGCAAAUGUAAACAUUCCUAAAAACCUGUUUUUGCUUUGUCAUUAUGGGGUAUUGUGUGUAGAUUGAUGAGGGGGAAAAAACAAUUUAAUCAAUUUUAGAAUAAGGCUGUAACGUAACAAAAUAUGGAAAAAGGGAAGGGGUCGGAAAGUAUUAAGAAUGCACUAUAUACAGUGUAUAUAUUAUAUCGUCCAAAAAUAAUAUUGCAAUAUGUAACUGUAUUGAUUGAUUUAUUAUUUUCCCCAUCACUAACAUUAUAGUGUUAUAACAUAUUUUCUAGACACAGAAACGUCCCAGAGAGCCCUGGAGUUGGUGAACGGUUACCGGUUGCUAGGGAAACCUUUGGUGAUCGAGUUUGGCCGAGAGCGGAAGGAUGAGCAGAAACCAAAAUGGGACGAGGAGAAAACGAGAGAAUGUCAUGUACCAUCUCUCCCUAACCCCAGUACUACAGACACUAAAUACUACAACAGUACUUCAACACACAAAUAAGAGACAGACAGACUGACCACACUGUUGUCGAAGGAGGAGAGUGGCACGUACUACUCUUCAAUUACUGAGGUUUGACAUUUCUGGUCAAUUUGUUUUGUGAAGGUCGGAAAACAUGUGGAUUCAUUCUUAUUUUUGUCCUGGAUCUUAGUGUUUUUUUUAUGUAUGAUCAUAGGCUGUGUUUGGAAUGUGAGGUAUUAAAAAUCAGUUCCCACUC